AUGAAAGAGUUUGAGAAGUUCAAGUUCUGUGUAUUACACAGCAAAGACCCAGUAAAGGUUCAAGAGUGGUAUAAAGACCAGUGGCAGAAGAACCAGGAGAGAAGAGGUACUUCUGACGACAUCUGGAAAGAGAGAGUGUAA